GAUUUUGUCUUUGGAGGGUGGGGCUGAGUUCGUAUAACUUUAAUGAGCAUGAUACAAAGUUUCUCUAUUAAGCAUUGAAGAUGAUAUGUUGAUACAUGUUUGGAAUUUACAUCAUGUCAUUGGUGUGAUGGUUUAGUGUCUGGUUGCGAUAUUAGAUUGUAGAGUGGGAAUAAAACAAACAAAUAUAGAAUCAGGAAGAACUUGUUCUGAAAGGUGAGACUUUGCUAUCUCAUGCAUGAGGAAUAUGCUUUAGCAUCAUGCCGGGCCGAUGUUGAGCACCAUAGUACAUUCUAAAAGAUUACACAAAAGUGCUGCCUAAAUCAUUCAUCCCUUAAAUCUCUAGAGUAACAGAGAUGGUUGUCUGCAGAUAGUUUAACAAAAAAAAAAUCAUUAUGAAAAAAAAAAUCAUGGCAGCAGAUUCCAUGAUGAGAAAGGAAAGUGCAAGGGUUAAAAAAAUGAAGUUAAUGGGCUUCCUAAUGGCCCUGACUAUAAUGAUAUUGCUUCUCCAAGCAUUCUUUUUAAACCGGGUAUAUGAAAAGAAGAGAAAAAUGUUUCCCUGCUCAUGUGUUUAAAAUAUUGCAAUAAUUGAAAGGAUAACAUGAAUAAUGACAUCAUGCGUGUGUGUAUAUGAGAUGUUAUAAUUAUGGUGGGAAAAUUCAACUGAUAAAGGUGUCGGGAGAUAUUUUUUUGCUGGGGUUCAGUCGAAUGUGGUCCAAAGUUUUGAAAGGAGAGCAAGCAAGGGAACAGACAAAUUAUACUAAAAGGAAGUUGAUGCUAUCAUUUUGUAUUAGUGUCUCAAGGUCAUUGUAACCAUGCUUUCAUUGAACCAUCCAAUUCUUUAUAUAAAACCUUUUCAUUGUCAAGAUUUUCCUCACUUAAGCUUAUCAGUGAUAUAUAACUUACAUGAAGGGUAGAGUCAUAUCAUGAAGAUGCAAGUCUGAGAGUACAAGUUUCCUGCAAAGAAGAGUUAACUGUGUAUCACUAGUUCAAAGUUCACCUUCUCAGAAGCCAAGUAGAUCACUGAUGGAGAAGAUUGUUAGGUCCUGUGACAAAGAAUACAUGAGGAUGGCCAUGUUAAAACACGAAGAAACUUUCAAAGAGCAGGUAUAUGAACUUCAUCGUUUGUAUCGGAUUCAGAAGUUACUAAUGCAAAAUAUGGAAGCUAGAAGAGGCGUUGAAGUAAGAGAAGAAGAAUGGUUUUUCAAGAAUGCGAUUAGUUUAACUCAUAAAGGUGCACAAGAAAAGCCUCAAAUGAAAUUUGACCUUGAACAGCCUGCAGAAGAGCACAUUGCAGAAUCAGAAAAUGGGGUGGUAGAGGUCAUAGAUGAGAGUGAGAUUGAGCUGACAUUAGGCCCCUCAAGUUACAACCGUAGGAAGAAAGUCGAGACAUCACUAACAUCAGAUUCAGGACACAGCUUGUCUUCUUCUACUAGUGGAUCCAGCCACAUAAACAAGACAAGAUGUCAUGGCAGUCGCAAAACAAGAGAAGACUCAAGUGGAAGCAUAAUACGCCUUGUCCAGGUGCCCGGUUCAACCCCGGGGUGCCAAAGUGGAAUUAGAAACAAUUUUGAUAUUGAAGAACAAUUAAGACAAGAGAGAUUAAAACAGUCACCUUGGCUUUUUCAAGUGUUGAAUCUGAACAUGACUUGAAAAGAAAAAAGAAAAAAAAUCUAAGAUCUCACGAAAGCAACUGAACCCAAUAUAUCGUGUUCUUGAAGGAGUAGGCGUUCAAACCUCCAAUGAGUGUGAAUGGGUGGUUCUUUGCAGCCGGCAUAAAAGCGAUUUAAUUUUUGGGUGGGAGAUUAGUGAUGGAAAUCUUACUUUUACAGGUGAUAAGACCAAGAUAAUAUAUAUAUAAAAAAAAGUUAAUCACCUAUAUACUGC